AUGGAAAUUAAUUAUACAUAUGUAGGAAAAUUUCCUGAGUAUAAAGAAAUUAUAGAAAAAAAAGAGAAUAGAUUGAUCUUAAAAAAUGAUCCAUGUACUACUGGCAUUAUUGGAUCAAGAGUUGACAUGCAAAACAAAUUCGAUAAAGAUAAGUGUCAUGCAGCUUUGUGGUUUGCAAAAAUUAUAAAUGAUAAAUUUACAAAAGAACCUACCCAAGAACUUUGCUUAUACUUAUAUUAUUGGUUGCGCAAAGAAUUUGAAUAUAAUAAUAUAAGUGCACAAACUAGAACAAUUUAUAUUAUAUUAUUAAGUUCAGUAAGUCAAUAUAUAAAUAGUUUAUGUCUGUCCUAUAAGAAAAAUGAUAUGUUAGAUGAUGAUUUUCAAUUAAUGGAUGAUUUAUAUCAAAUGUAUAUUAAUAUUUAUUACAUAAAAAAGGAUUCUUACCCCUUAGGCAAAGAUAUGUGCACUUGCAUUACUGAAUGUUCAGAUAAAUAUAAAAAAUAUAAGACAACGUGUGAAUCUAAUAAUGUAUCCUCUUUUUGUUUUGCAUUAGAAAACAUUAAUAAUGAAUUAAAUGGUCUACAAAAUUCAUCUGAUAUUUGUUCUCAAGCUAAAUGUCAAAAUGGACCUUGUGAAUACACUGACAUCAUGGAGAUAACCUCUCCAAGAACUAAUAAAUCAAAAACUGCUAUAAUAACAACUAUUCUAAUAUUAACAAUACCCGUUUUAUUAUUUAUAAUUUAUAAGUUCACUCCAUAUAAUUCAUUUUUGCAUCGUGGAUUAAAAAAUAUAAUAAAUAAUUUCCAUAGUUUCAAGGGAGCAAGAAAUAUACUGAAAAAUUCAGAACUAUAUAGCACCACUUCUUGGAAUAGUAGUCAUAAUAUAUUGUAUAAUUCUCCUUAG